AUGACAGAAGUUGAGAAAGUCAAGAAAUUCCGAAAAAAGCGGAAACGAGAUGAUACCGACGAUGUCAAUGCGGAAAUUCGAAAAUUGAUGAAGUUGUCUCAGAAUCCUGAUGCAAAGGAAAAUGAAGCAGAGGCAGAGUUUUUACUCGCAGACCUUGACUCAGAUUACGACGACGAUGACGGAGAGGGACAGAAGUUUAUCGAGAAAAUUUACUAUGCUUCAAGAACCCAUUCGCAACUUUCACAGUUUGUCAAAGAAAUAAGGAAAUCACCAUUCAAAGAAUCUGUUACUGUAGCUCCCAUCGCCUCUCGAGCAACUCUUUGUGUCAACCCAAAAGUCAAGAAACUCUCCACCGUCUCUCAAAUGAAUGAAUCUUGCAAGCAGCUGAACAAGAAUCAAGGCUGCGAGUUCAAAACAAAAAAGGGCCUGAGCCUUCUCAGCCAUCGAAUGAACAACACGUUAAUGGACAUAGAAGACACAGUAAAAUUUGGAAACGAAAAUAAAUGCUGCCCAUUUUAUGGCGCGAGGGAAGCUCUACCUACAGUGGAUGUAUGCGUGCUGCCAUAUAACUUGCUUGUUGUCCCGUCUGCUCGUGAAAGCUGUGGGAUCAAUUUGAAGAACUCGGUUGUUAUCAUCGACGAGGCUCAUAAUCUUGCCGGAGCGAUUGAAUCUUGCUACUCUGUUGGUGUUACUCUCAAUGCAUUGACAGAAGCGUACAAGCAACUUAGCGCCUAUAGGACGAAAUUCAGCGCUCGACUAAACCCUGAAAAUCUGAUGUAUGUCAAACAGCUGCUAGCAGUCCUUAUUGGCCUUGGAAAAGAUCUCAAAAGAAUCAACAACACUGAAGACCAGAAAAUAGUUACUGUCAGGGAAAUACUGUUCGAUGCCAAGUUGGACAACAUUAAUUUAUUCGACCUUCUGAAAUACAUGAGUAAAAGUUUAAUCGCCCACAAGGUGAAGGGCUUUGCGGACAAAGUCGCGAACACUCCUAAAGUUGUUGUCAAGCCAAAGGAAAAUGCUCUCAAAGCUAGUUCAACAUUCAACAUCAAUAGGCGAUCACAUAUUCUGAUCUUCUUGAAAGAAAUGCUCAAGAAGGCGGAAAACAAAGGCAAAUCGAAAGUCGAGCCGCAACCCGAGCCCGAAGUUGAGGCGAAGAAGAAAAUCCCCAAUUUUCAGCUUGGAGCACUUGUUCAAGUUGAAAUCUUCCUUGCAGUUCUAAUCACCCCAGGAGCGGAUUUACGCAUCAUUAAAAAUGCUAAUGAUGGCAAGGCGGAAAUGAAGGUUUUUCUUCUCAACCCAGCGAGUAUUUUCUCCGAGAUCAGCAAAGAUGCCCGAGCUGUUCUUUUAGCUGGAGGUACGAUGAAACCGUACCAGACACUGAAGGAUCAGCUCUUUGCCGAAGUGCCUUCCGACAAACAGAGCUGGUUUAACUGCGAGCACGUGAUUUCAGACUCUCAAAUGAACGCAUUAGUCCUCCAGCGGGGCCCUACAAAUGAGCGGUUCAUCUUCAACCACAGCAACAAGGAUAACUUCGCCAUGAAACAAGAUCUAGGAAAAGCGCUAGGGAAUGGGGAGAUGAAUUUAAAUUUCACAGUUUCCUGUUUCUUAGACCAGGGCGAUUUCUUCUUUAGUCAUUCGCAAGGUGGAAAGGGAGAAACCAUGCCCCCAAAUCAAGUUGACAUUGUUAAAACUGUUCCGUCUGGUGUGGUGGUUUUCUUCGCCAGCUAUAAGCAGGAAGCCAUGUUCUACGAGAUGUUCAAGAAGUCGUCUUUUCUCAAGCAAAUAGAAAGCGUGAAAACCCUUUUCCGUGAGCCAAAAGAAACAUCAGGCGUAGCACCCUUACUGGAGAAAUACGAAAUGUCUGUACGUGUCCGAGGGGCAAUACUGUUCGCUGUUGUUGGAGGAAAAGUAUCAGAAGGGAUCAACUUCUCAGAUGGUCUUUGUCGCGCUGUUGUCAUGGUUGGUGUCCCUUAUCCAGAUAUAAAAUCGGCCGAAAUCAAGCUAAGGAUGGACACAUUAAAUGCUAAACGACCUGGCGGCGGACAGAUGUUAUACACAGGCUUAUGCAUGCGCGCUGUUAAUCAGUGCGUCGGCCGAGCAAUUCGACAUCGAGACGAUUCCUCCUUGAUCAUCUUCUGCGAUGGUCGGUACAACGAGUCCCGAGUAAAAGACCAUCUUCCUGACUGGAUCAAAACUCGCCUCACCAAUUACGAUAACUUCUCCACUGCCAAAAAUCAUAUGGUCCAAUUCUGCCAACAAAACGACUACUGA